AUGAGGCUCAUUAACACGCAUACUCUUGAGCUCGAGGAGAGCUACAAUAACAUACCACCUUAUGCCAUUUUGUCCCACACCUGGGAAGAUGGCGAAGUUGCAUUGGGCGAUUGGCAAAAUAUUGCCGAGGCCAAGAAGAAGAGAGGCUAUCGCAAGAUCGAGUUGAGCUGCCAGCAGGCCGCACGCGAUGGCCUCGAUUACAUCUGGGUGGACACGAACUGCAUUGAUAAGACAAGCAGCGCCGAGCUCUCCGAGGCCAUCAACUCCAUGUUCGCGUGGUACCGUGACGCUACUGUUUGUUAUGUGUUUUUGGAAGAUGUGCGCAUACCAGAGAGGCUUCAAGCGGAGCCAUCCGAGACUUUCCUGGAGGAUUCAUCGGUAAAGGCGGCCUUCACGAAGAGCAAGUGGUUCACACGUGGAUGGACGUUGCAGGAGCUUGUUGCACCUUCAAAGGCCGUCUUCUUUUCCUAUGAAUGGCUGCCGAUUGCAACCAAGGAAAAUCAAAGAAAGCUUCUGAGCGACAUCACUGGCAUCGACAGCGAUUACAUCAGGCGGCCCUCCCGCAUCCAAACCGUCAGUGUGGGAAGGCGCAUGUCCUGGAUGGCCAAGCGAAAGACCACGCGCACAGAAGACAUUGCGUAUUGUAUGCUCGGCAUUUUCGGUAUCCACAUGGCUUUGCUGUAUGGCGAAGGCCACAGGGCGUUUCUUCGCCUGCAAGAAGAAAUUAUCCGCGUGACGAAUGACCAGACGAUAUUCUGCUGGCAAGCCAAUGUCAAUGGUAGCAACGGAACCGGCAUCAGGCAUCUGUUCGAGGAUUCGGAGCUGUACGGCAACAGCCAUGACAGACACCGCAAGGAAGAGCUGCGGGAGUGGACCAGCAUUUUGGCGCCACAUCCAACUGUAUUUCAGGACUCCGCCCUGUAUUUUCCAGAAUCGAGAAACCCCGAUUUUCGGAGCGCAGGCGCAGAUGCGGGAGAGCCAUACGCGAUCACCAACUUUGGCUUGAGAAUAUCGUUGCCUUUACUCUACACCUCAAAGGGUGCAUGCGCCGUUUUGGAUGUUGGCUACCGCAGAACGUCCAACGUGGUGUCCCGAGUCCUGAUCCCGCUGCAUCGUGUGCACGAUGGCCAGUACAUUCGCUUGUCAACAAAGCUCUUGGUAACAACAGUGCCAGAGGCUCUCAUGAAGAAGCGUACUCGAAUUUUUGUCGAUUAUCGCAACGCCCGGCCCCGUGGCUCCGAUCUGCUAUUGUCUUUGAGGCUCAGCGCCCGUACUGUCAAUAUGAGCGACGUGCAAAAAUACCCAGUGAUAUUUCUCACCUUCAACAGGCCUGUGGACAUUGAGAGAGUGCCCGUCGUUUCGUCCGGAAUGGACUUCAUCUCUCUCCAUAGCGCCAUCGAGGUCAGCGACAAUACGCCGGACUCGCAGGGUGCUCUCAUCCUCACCGGGAAGGGCGCCAACUCUGAAUCCUUCCAGCUGCUGAUAGGUGGAAGGUUCAGUUCCUUGCAAGCAGCACCUUCGGUGGCCCAUGUCAGUCCCAGGGCAAAAGACUUACAGCCGAUCAUGGAUUGGCACGCCGAUCUGUCGGACUCGCCUCCACUUGAUCCAGGUCACUGGAACGAAGACUCUCUCAAGCCGUUGAUCGACCAGCUACCCUCGGAUUUUUUUGGCUCCUGGUGCGCGUCCAGGACAUUGAAGAACGUCCUGUCCUGGCGAUACUCACCAACAGGGGCACUUAUCUGCUACUUUGAGCUGAAUGAGCUGCAGAGCUAUACUCCCGACGACCCGGCACAAACAGCCUCACUGCCAGACGCCGAAGACAACAACCGCUUCAGCCACCUGCAUCGGUGCAACUCAGACAUGACGUCCCUGCAACGAUUGUACAAAGCGAUCAAAUUAGAAGAUGGAGAGACCAAUGGACACGGGUAUGACCCAAGUGAACCACAAACUGCCUUGCGGACACAGAGCAUGCCAGUCCCGGAUGCCGUCAAGCACAACGGGAAGUUCAAUCGCAAGCCGGAUAUGGAGAUUCGAAAAUUUGGCGAAUUUCUUGCCAGCAGACGUUAG